AAACAUGAAUUGGUACAGUGGUAAUAUAGCCGAGGCUGUGGCCAAAUCCAAAACUCAAAAUGCAAUAUUUGUCGUUUACGUUGAGGGCAAAGAUGAAAAUUCGGCCAAGUUGUCGAAAUUCAUUGAUGAUCCUAAAAUUAAGGAUAAAUUGCAAUCGGAUGACUUUGUGGCAAUUAAAAUUGAAUCACAAAGUGAAACCUACAUGCAAUUCGCAGCCAUUUACCAAAUUGUUCCAGUGCCUUCGAUAUUUUUCAUUGGUAAAACGGGAACACCUCUUGACAUUACAACUGGUGUAGUGGCAAGUGUCGAGGAACUGGAAUCGAAAAUAUUCAAGGUAUUAGAACUUGCAGGCAAGUCACCGAAGACAUCCAGUGGGGCAGCAAUGAGCCAAGCAUUUAUAAAUCAAGAAGCAAAGGCUAGCACCAGUGUUCAGCCAACUGUGGCAGCAACAUCGUCAGGCGAACAAAAAUCUGAGGGGAAGACCCACGAACCUAAGGAAAUCGACACAAAAUCGGUCGACAACUCGACGGAAGUUGUGUGUGAAGGUGGUGUUUGUUAUAAAAAACCCAAGGAAGCAAUAGCAUCUGGCCCGACAGAAGCAACAGUGGAAAAGAAAUCUGCAGAAGAUACUGCCAAACUAUCGGAAAAGGAGAAGGAAGAAAAAUUGGCUGAAGCCAGAAAGAUCUUGGAACAAAAAAGACGUGAACGCAUUGAAGAAGAGAAACGUCUGGAGAAGGAGCGUGAACUGGAACGUCGCAAACAGGGCAAAGAUAUGCAAAAUUUGCGAGCCUGGCAAAGGGACCAGGAACUUAAAGACCUGAAGGAUAGCAUAAAACGUGAUCGCCUCGAAGAACAGGCGGCUCGAGAACGAAUUCUUGCCCAAAUUGCUGCCGACAAGGCUGAACGAGCUCAUAAAUUUGGCAAUGACAGCAAUAAUCAAGCGUCAACAUCACAAGCAUCUGCUGCUGCAACCAAUUCAACUGCACAGCAAAAUAGUAAAGCACCACAACCUGCAGCUUCGGAUGAAACACGUUUACAAUUCCGUUUCGCCAGCGGAGAUUCAAAGACUAAAAAUUUCAAAUGUUCCACAACAUUGUCGGAAAUACGUGAUUAUGUGAAAAAUGAACUGCUGCCCGGCACUGGCAUUAAAGAGUUUACCUUGGCCACGACUUACCCCAAACGAGAAUUCACACCAGAGCACUAUUCCAAGACAAUGAUCGAUCUCGAACUGAUACCAAGUGCAGUUAUUUUAAUCAUAGGCAAAGAAGCCACUGGUCCCAGUGCCAUGAUAGCCAAACAAGGCGGCAUCUUUAAUAUAUUCUAUAUGAUUGUUAUGUCAAUAUUGAAUCCGGUAUUUUCGUUAUUCAAUGCGGCUAAGAAUUGGAUGACAGGUAGUAAUAACAAUAAUAAUGCCCAAGGCACAGGAGCACAGAAACGAGCCAAUGAAGAACGUGGUGUUCAAGAUGAUAUUGCUAAACGUCGUAAUCUGGAUCGAUUUGUAGGUGGUGGAAACUCUGUUUCUGAUAGUGGCAAUAACAGAAACACCAGCAGUGGUGGUCCCUCCGAUUCACCGCCAUCAUCCUCAUCUCAAGCCUAUCGCCGUUAUGUUUCCGGUUCGAAUGUACAUCGCCUUGCCGAUAAUCGUAAGGAUUCGGAUGAUGAAAAUGCCACAUGGAAUGGUAACUCCACACAACAACAAUAAUUCCAUUU